CACUUUCGCAUUGUACCGUAUACUCGUAUGUCCGAGGCACAGUACACACUACUCACCCUAACCAUUAAGUUAGAACCGAAUCAGCUGCGGCAAAAUUCUUUGUGGCAGUUGACGCUGUGCAAUCUCACCGGAAUCAUCUUCAUCGUUGCAGACGGCAUUUUUAAGUGAACUGCAGGAAGAGCGCGACUAUCCGCAUGCAGUUUCACGAUCUCGUUGAUUAAGUCUUGGCUACGACAUGAUUCUGUAAUCGGAGCUGCCGUUUUUCGAAAGCGAGAUUAACCCAAACCUUCCCACCCUACCUGGAUUGCAUACCGAAAUCUCAGGAUAUCCGUCCAAUAACACCCGCUUUAACUUUCGCAGGCUGGACAGGCAAAUUAUCAGGAACGUUUUUAACGUGCAGCUGUUGCUAUUUGAUGCAUCGGAAACAAGUUCGAAAGUGAAGAAUCUCCGUUGAUGUCGGCCGGUGAUCUGCGGUUGCAGAGGAUGCAGCGUCCUGAUUCAUCUGUGUGCUAGAGAAAUGAGUAUAGUAAAGAUCCCCACUAUACCAGAUUCCGAUUUCGGCAAACGGUCCGUGUUGCAACCCCUGGGGCCGAGCGUGCCGGGAGGGUCAUUCCAAAUGCAGACUUCCGCUGCUGCGGAUACACUGAAAGUAAAAACCCUCUCCGACGAUAGCUACGAAAGUUCAUCCUCGCCGGAAGACAAGACCGUACUGGAAAAGGUCUGGGAGAAAAAUCCCCUGGCACUGCUGAAGCGGCAUAUUAAACCAUUAAUCACUGCUGCUGAUCAACCGCCGGCCAGCUCAACCGGCAACGUGUCGACCGGUGUGACGGUUGAUGUGCGCGUGAAGAAGGAACGAUCUGAUCAUGAUGCAGAUCACGAGGCGCAACCGGCCAGCGGCAGCAGCCUGAUGGUGCUGAGUAAACACGGCAUCCGCCGGAAGCAUAAACGACACCGAUCACUCGACGCCAAAACCGCCCGCUAUUACGCUAAACGCCAACAGGCCACAUGGACAGGGCUGGGCAGUUUCCGCGGGCGCGCCAUGUCGUCCAGCUCCGACGAGGAGAACGGCGGGAAAAAAAUCCGCGAGCGCUCCCCGAGACGAAAAAAAGGCGCCAAAGGCUCUGAUUCCGUGAGCAGUAAGACGCCAUCACGGGAUCCCUCGGCCACGCCCCUGCCCCGCCCCGCUCCCCGUGGUCCCGAAGAUUUGCCCCUUCCACAAAUGGAGUUCCACCGAAACCGCCCAUUGCUAAGCCGCACACAAUGGCCACACGUCAUCAUUCAGCCAUCGCUGACCAUCCCCGCUAUUGAAAUUACAACACCGGACAUCAGCGUAUCGGUCGACGACCAGUUGCAAUUCAGCCAAUCAAUGACGGAUUUAAAUAAAGCGGCAAAAGAGACGAAUACUAAAUCGCGCACAUCGCUGGAUUCCGUGAAUGUUCGGCAGACGGAGAAUCUGCAGACGAUCGAAGAAUGGCUGCAUUCCCGGAAGAGCAUCCCGGAGACGCCCAAACUGAAGUCAUCGGUGUCAAUGCAGCUCUUUCCGCUGCCACCGGCGCCGGUGUCAUUGUCCAAAAAUAGCACAGCCUGUGAACAAUCGGUGAACGCUCCUCGUUAUGCGCAUUAUGCGUCGGUCAGCGCAUUGCCGUGGAAUCAUCCGACGAAUCGGCAUUCAUUAUCGGCAUUCGAUGAAUCAGUGUUGGGAUCCCGAAAGGAGCCUAUGUCACCCGACAGUGUUAAAAAUAUGCGCCAGUUCUUUGAGCAUUUACACAGUGACUCACCUGUUGAUGCAGCCGGUGUGGCUAAAUCGGCUGGCAAAAUGACAAUAACCGACGGCAAAUAUUCCCACGACCGCGCCCCGGUGGUGCACGCCGAGAAAACACCCGAUCAUCCACCGGUGACAAAAAGCCCACUGCCGCCUGCCAUGCACCACGGCCGUCUGGGAAUCGUGAUGCAGUCGACGGAGCGAUCUGAGUUGCUGCCACUUUUCAGCGGCAAUGUCACCGCCGACAGCCAGUUCUUGCACAAUGCACUACAGAUCUCCAACAAUGCCAGUCGCCUGCUCAAUGAUUUACGUUCAUCGCCCAGCCUGCAGGAUGCCACGCUGACGCCUGAGCCACAGUUGGUGCUGCAAGUGUCCGACGGGCGAAACACGACGCGAUGGAGCAGUGAUUGGCAGAUCAACCGCUCAUCGAAUUCCGGUGCCUACAGUAAACCCAGCAACCUCACUCGUCCGUCCUCAAUUUCGGCGUUUGAUCAGCACCGUCUGACGGUGCCCGGAAGACCCAACCCCCUGCGCGAGAUCAACCACCACGAACUGGAACGCGCACUGGAAGAGCUGGAUGAAUUUUAUGAAAGUCUGAGCGCUAAAUCGGAGGACGUCACCAUCAUUGCGGAACCGGAGACGGUCAUGCGGAGCACCCUGGAUGGAGGAAGGAGUUUCGAUUCCGGUCUGUCGUCCUUGCAGGGACGCGGUGAAAAUCCUUAUUUAAUUUCAAAGAAUGAACCCGACCGGUUAGAAUACACCAAGCAGUGGUUGCAGGAUGAGAAGCAUGUCGCUCCGCGACGGCGCAGUCAUAAUCCGCAGACACACGCGAUGGCCACCAUCACCAUGGCUCCUCCUCCAGUGCCUUAUUGGUCGCCGCCGACAGACAAUGAGCGGCAUAUUGUCGGUGAGCGGCGCCGGUUUACGGGGCAUCCACGGGAUAUGAGAGACGACAGGGGAAACGACCGGGAUAAUCGGAAAAGUGGUCGAGGCCAGAAAGAUGAUUAUGCACGGCGUAAGCUGACUAACAGCAAGACUAACAGCAAGUCCUUGUCAGAUUUACCUAAUCCCAGCUAUCUUCUCAUGUCCGUAGUGUACACGCCUACGGUUUUCACGGGGCCGGCGCUGGAGUUUCAAAAGUAUCCCGGCAGCCAGAAACCGCAGCCGCACAUUGAAAUGGAUGAUCUAAGUACAAGAAAGAUUAUCCAUUCGCAAAAUACCCCGCUCUUUAAGGUCACCGCGGAUCUGUCCAAACAGCUGCCCAGCUCACGGAAUGAUUAUGCUACUCCUCAUUUAAAGGCUGUAAUCAAUGAGAAAAAAUCUCGGGAACCGGACACUGUCAGGGAUGAUGCGGCGUUCCGACAAUUGCGCAGUGACCGGAAGAAUGUCACCGAACGACCACAAACGCUGGUCGUCAAGCCGAAUUUCGUGCAAGAGAAAGCGGGUGGCGGAUUUGGAGGAAAACGAAUGGUGUCGGACUCGAUUCGGCAGCUGGCGAAGCAGUUCGAAGGGUCUCCGAAUAAGGAUUCCAAAGGCGAAAUUAAGCCCUUUUUCCGUCGAUUUACCGGUAAAUCUCAGAGCAGCCCGAACCCGGAUGCUGUUCACGCCGCUAUGCAGAUUGAUGGGAAACGAGUUACGCUAAAAUCUCCGAAUGCCGCCAAUCCUCAUGUGAUCCGACGUAGCAAUUCGGUGAAACAGGAAUCGCCAAAAAUUUCGCCAAUUUCCGAGCUGGACAUGGAAAAGUUGUUACUGUCGCUGUCCGCCAUUUCGUCCAACUCUACGCCGACUGUGGCCAGCAACAUGCAGCUGGCCGGUGAUUCUAACCUUUCGAUGCAAACUGCCAGUACAGGCGCUAGUCCCUGGGCAAGACUGACCGGAAGAAAGAAAGUCUUUCCCACGGCGUCGCAGUCUGGCAUUUCUGUGUGAUUUGGGUUACUAUAUUUUUCACAUGCAAAUGGGUGCCAGAGUCUGCAAAUGUCUAAAUCACAAUAACGCUAAAUGCAACUCCAUGCAAGAUUUCUGUACUUAACUAUAUUACUUCUUCUGCAGCACAAAGUGCUUACUGUUUAAAUAAUAAGUGUUUGUGCGGUUUGAAUGAUAUUUUAGUUCUAUGAAACCGUGACAGAUGCAACGAUAAAAACAUACAGUAUAAA